AAAAAAUAUUCAUUCAAUUAUAGUGGCAUAUGACCAAUAAAAUUAAACAUGUGACUAAUGUGCAAUUUAAAAAUGAAAAGGAUUAAGAAAAAACAAUAAAUUGAUAUGAAAACAGCAAGAGAGAACUUUAAAAUUAUUCGAGUGACUAAAAUUGUAAUGAACAUAGGCAUUUCAAAGAUGUGCGGUUAAAUAAGUUCAUAAGAUGUAAUAAGGUGCAUUAAAGUCAAAAAAGAAUUAUGGCAUUAUUCAAUAAACUUUUCAACAAAAGAAAAUCCGUUAAGCCAUCAUCAUCACAUACAUCAUCAAGUCAAUUUCCAUUCAGUAAGGAUCAAGUAAGAAUCUUAUUAUUCCGAGAAUGUGAUUGGAGAGGCAGGCGAUUGUUGUUCGAUUCUAGUGCCAUCGAACCCGUUACAACACCGAUUCAAUCACAGCAACAAACUGCUUUGAAUACUGCAGCUACACAAACAAAGCCUUCACCACUAAAAUUAGAUAAAAACAAUAUCGAGUAUUAUGAAGGGAAACCAUAUAAAUAUGGACGUCCUAGUCAAGACUUCAAUCAAAUUGCCGAGAUGGUUUUUGGUUCUGUUGCAAUAUCAUUUCGAGGAACUUCAUUUAAAGUUCAUUGGCUACACUCACCGACCAGAACUUUGUGCUCACAAGUUUUUCUUGCUCCUGUCCAACCUUAUUCUUCAGCAUCAUCAUCAUCAACAAAUACCCAUUCGUCUUCGGCUCACACUCAGUCUUCAAACUAUGGAUCUGAUUUGAUAAGUGAAAUCAGUGGCUCAAUAUCCGAAACGAAUUCAUUAAAUUCCUUCUCUGUAAGCGAAAGUAACAACAAUUCCCAUAUGAAAACAAUUCCAUUAGAUGUUCCAACUGCCUUAUCAUUAGAUAAUGAUGAUUUUAAAUUUAUUUCACAAAGUAUAGGAGAUAGUUCAGGAUAUAAUAGUUCUGAAGUAUGGGCCGCUCAGCAACGAUAUCCAUACUCAUCAGCGCGAUCUAGUCUUGCAUCAAUUUAUAGUGAUAUUGAAACUCAUAGUCGUAAGAUGAGCAUAUCAUCAUCAGUUUCAGAAUAUCCUGGUUGUGAAUUUGGACAUUUUAAUAGACGUAUUAUGAAAAAUUUAUCGACGUCGUUUGAAAAUGUAUCGACAAUAACAGAAAAUAUGUCUAAUAUCAUCGAAAAUAAUUACUACACUGUGACUGGUGCCUCAAACAUUGUCGGAUUAAGUGAUGGCUGUGUAUCAAAAUUAAGACGAAAUAGUGAGGUUGUGGAAUCGCGUAGAAAAACUACAAGUGGAGAUGCACUAUCAUCAAACUCAUCAACAUUACAUCAUCGCACAAAGCGACCUAGAUUGGCUGUUGCCGUCUGUAUUAAUAUGAGUGAGUGUAUGGAGCAUGAAAUGUUGAUGUUUUGUUCUGAGCACAUGGUGUUAUUAGAACAAAUGAUUUACAGACUAAGAACAGCAGCUGAAAAUGCAUACAUCAAUCGACAGAAUUUUCUUCAAUUGAUGAUUAAAACUUGGCAUAUAACUUCUCAGUGGUUGGUUGAUUUAUUUUCUGCACCGCGAAUUGUUAGUCCAGUAUGGUUGAGCUUAAGUACAGGUGUUAAAAAUUCAAAUAAUUUGGCUCAUGAAUUUAUGCAUGACUUGUGCAAUUUGUUAAAUACAGCAGAUACCAAAGAUACAAAUUUUUUCAUUAGUACACUUUUAACGGCAGUAUUAACUCAUCAUCUAGGAUGGGUAGGAACAGUAGCACCUCUAAUGACCUCAAACGUUAGAGAAACACUAAACAAGAAUGGCACAAAUCCAUUCAUUUCAAAACUCAUUGAAGAAGAGAAUUUGAAACUAUCAGAAAUCUCCAAAAUUUAUCCAUAUAAUGCAUUAUGGGCACAAAUAGGUGAUUUAUGUGGUGCCAUAACGAAUCCAAUAAAAUUAAGUAAAACGAUAAUAUGUGGAAAUGAGACAAACGUGAGAACAAUUGAAAGACUGCUGAAUAUUUUGACUUACUUCAUUCGAUGUAGUGAAAUUCGAAGAAACACUCACACAAAAGUGUUUGAUAAGGAUGAACUCAACAAAGUCGUAAAUCAUCAACUCAAUCAAAGGAAAACAUUUCAAAGUCUUAAAACUCAACCGUCAAGUUCCAGCAAUUCAAGCUUUCGAAGUUUAAAAAAGACGGGUGGAUUGACGAGAACAGCAACAACAGUGAAAGAUUUAAGUAAAGCAAUCGAGCAAGAUGAUAGGCCAACGAUAGAUAACUUUAGUGAUCUUGAUCCUGAGGCAUAUAGAUUGUUGAUGAAAAUACUGAAAAAGAACGUGAUGAAUGAUAUUCCAAAAGUUUUAGCAUUUCGUGACUCGCGUUUUGUAAAGCAAGAAUUAAGAAUAGGAAAUAAAAGUAUGGACACAGGAAUUGAAAUGUCUGCUAAAGAUAGGCAAUAUUUAAGUAAAUAUCAAAAAAAUAUUUUACCUUUGACUGGUGAUCAUAUAAAGUUAACUGUAACACGACCUGAUAGUGAUGGCAUUGAAGAGACAAUCGAGUUUGAUGAUGAAACUGAUUUACAAAAUCAAUUAGACAACUUUAUUAGUCUUUCUAAUUUAAUAACGGAAAAUAGUCUGGGUGGUGCACAAAAUGUCAUGAAAAUGUUUUGGGAGAAAAAUCAAUUUAAAGAAGCACUCAAUUUGGAACAGAUAAAGCAUUUAGAACGGAUUAGUGCAAAACAUAAACAGCAUCUUCAGGAUGAGAAAAAGAUUGAAAAACUAAAAUUGAUAUCUGAAAACGUGGAGGAAGAGAGUAUCAAUGCAAAUGUGGUAUUUGUAUUAGGAGAUAAUGAGCAGCUUAUAGGUUUAAAAACAAGUCCAUCAUUGCAAACAAUAGUAACUUGUAAUGAGGAGGCGCAAGCAUGCACAUCAUCUGCUCAAAUUUCAAGUAGCGGUACAAAGAAAAAAGUUUGUAAGCACAACAAAAAACAUUCCGGCGUUAAGUUUAAUUUUGAGAAAUAUCCACAAAUAGCAACAAACUAUAUGAAAAGUAAAAAUUUAGAAUUUAGCGAGCUUGAAGUUCUCGAAAAAGGCUUGAAACUAGAACGAGAUGCAGCAUGUUCUAGUCAACUGAAAUCGGAUUUUGCAUCAAAUGUAACCUUACAGUCUUUUGACAUUAGUGAGUCUGAUGAAGAAUGUGAAUGCUGUAAAAAUGGAAGUAAUUUAAACUACCUCCAAACACCUUCAAAUGCAACAGAGCUUGAAUUCUCGAGUGAUCAAUCACACGAAAGUAAUUAUUUAAUGGCACCUGAGAAAAAACCGUUUAUCGAUUCAUCAUCAAAUCUUUCCCAUCUACAGAGAUUAGAUGAAUACAAAGAACUUAAAUGUGAAGAUGAUAUAAAGGUUGUAGAAAUUCCAAUGCUUGAUAAUGUUAAGAAACAAAGUGUUCAGGAUGAAAUUCUUAAACCUGGAUUUACAACAUCAUUAUUUACGUCUGCUACAGACCAUUAUAUUUCCGAUAUGAUUUUACAGGGUCUGACUACUCCGCCUUUGAAAUGGGAACUACAAUUAAAACAAGACUUGAUGAUUUCAUCUCAUUCUGCAGUUUUAGAACAAUCACAUGCUGAAAAUGUUGCAAUUGUAGCUAAUAUCGAUAAAUGGGAAGUGCGGUUAAUAUCGUCUCAUUCAAAUGUUCUACCAUCACACAAUACAGCAAAUGGAAUUAUUGGAAUGUCACAGCUAAUUGCCUCAAUGUUGGAGUGUGUUCAAGCCAUGUUUAGCUCAGGUGUUUCUGUAUAUCAAUGUCUCUCAUUUAUUGAAUCAAAACUACGAGAAAUGUAUCUACAUUCAGAGACUCUCGCUUCAUUUCUUAUGGAAACUGAAUUUUGUUCCUUAAACACAUUAACUAAUACAUUAAAUUUAUCUGUUAAUGAUAUACCAUUAUUAUUGUCUAUAGCUUCUAUUCAUUCACCUCAAGUUGCUAGAAAAUAUGGAAUUUCAUUUCGUUAAAAUCUGUUGCUCACUAUGUGAGCAUAUUCUUUUAUAUGUCAAGUAAUACUCGCAUUGCAAAUCAGAAUAAGUUGUUUUAUAAAGGAAGAAAUUUAAUAAAAAGAAAAUUAUCGAUUUUUUGAUAAA